GAGAGAGGUGGCUGUAUUAGGAAGAACAAUGUUGAUGCUACACCACCCUCUCGAUCUCUUUCCUUUUCAAAUUUGAGGAUUAAGGGAGAUGCUCACGUUGGAUCUCUUCUUUUUUUUUUAAACCAUAAAGGAUGCUCAGUUCUUGCUUCCCUCCUGCUGAAUACCGAGAAAGGACUAAUGCACUUUUCUUACUAUGAAAGAAAACUGCCUAAGAGCCAGCGUUUAGCCACUGGAGACAUGCAGCCCUCGCCGGUCUAGUCCCGGGGAGCCUCACCUGCUUGUGGAUCUCCUGCCUUUGUAGAUCACUGUAAAUAGAGGCAACCGCCAGAAACAAACACUAGCACUGCCUGCAGCCCAGCUCCAUGGUUUUCUGACUUGUUCCAGCCUGAGAUUUUUCUUUUUUGGCAUCUGACAGAGAUGACCCAAGAACAGUGCACUCAUAGAAACAAUGUGCAGAGCUCAGAGAAACCGCACGUGUACAAAGUGGGCAUUUACGGAUGGCGGAAGCGCUGCCUUUACUUUUUUGUCCUCCUCCUCAUGAUUCUGAUCCUGGUCAACCUCGCUUUAACCAUCUGGAUCCUUAAGGUCAUGAACUUCACCAUAGACGGCAUGGGUAACUUGAGAAUCACGGAGAAAGGCCUGAAGCUCGAGGGUGACUCUGAAUUCCUCCAGCCCCUGUACGCCAAAGAAAUCCAGUCCAGACCAGGAAGUCCUUUGCUGCUCCAGUCAUCAAGAAAUGUAUCGAUUAACAUCCUCAAUGGCAAAAAUCAGAUAGUCACACAGUUAGUUGCAGGAUCUAACGCCAUAGAGGCACGCGGCAAGAAGCUAGAAGUGAAAUCCAAUGCGGGAAAACUGCUCUUUUCUGCCAAUGACCAGGAAGUCGUCGUUGGUGCGGAGAGGUUGCGAGUCAUGGGUGCUGAGGGAGCAGUGUUCAGCAACUCCGUAGAAACUCCACACGUCAGGGCAGAGCCAUUCAAAGAGUUGCGCCUGGAGUCCCCAACCCGGUCUUUGUUCAUGGAGGCCCCUAAGGGGGUGCAGAUCUUAGCAGAAGCCGGGGACAUCCAGACCACCUGUAGAAGUGAGCUCCGCCUGGAGUCCAAAGACGGAGAGAUCAUGCUAGAUGCCAGCAAAGUCAAGCUUCUGAGGCUCCCAGAGGGCAAGGCCUCCCCCAUGGGCACCAGACAGACAGUGUAUGAGGUAUGCCUGUGUCCCAACGGACGGCUCUUCCUGUCCCAGGCCGGCACUGGCUCCACCUGCCAGAUCAGCAACAGCGUCUGCCUCUAAGAGACGUGUGUACGGUCACCGCUGCCGACCUUGCGGAGGGACACCCGGCCUGACAUCUUUCUCCACACUCACAUGAGAACAGUUUCAGUACCGGAGCAACUAGGGUGAUCAACGCUUAGGAAAUCCCAUCCCCUGCCUUCCGUCCCACACUGUCUUUCUGUUGUUUCCAUGACAGUCUCGUCCAUGCAAAAAGGAGGGAAAUUAAGUGGUCUGACCACCCAUUGAAUUAGUCACAGUCGAGAUGUGACCACAUCCUCUUAUCUGACCUUCCUUCCUCCUGUUUUUUUUUUUGGGGGGCUUUUUCAAAAGAACUUUGAAUACAUAGAAAAUUUCCUAAAAACUGCUUUUCAGUUUGCAUUUCUGUACAUCUUGGUUUUCUUCACAGGGGCAACCAUUAAGUAAAACAAUGGGGUGACAGAUUUGGAUGUGACAUGUCACUCCAAGAUCAGGUUUUUACAUUUCAGAGCAUAGCACCUGACAUGCUUUGGGAACUCAAAUGGGAAUUUGAACUCAACCCAAAUGGACCGCACUGCACUGGAGCCCCUGCAGCCCACAGUUCCCCACAGGUGGUCACCCUACUGAACGCUUGUACUGGGACAGAAGUGAUCCGGCCCGCUCUGUUCAAAGAAGAACACUGUGUCUGUGCCUUAUUUCAAUGCACUCGUGGCAAAGAGAAGCACAUCACUGACUUCUGUCAGUUUUUUUCUGUCUUUUUUAUGUGCAAAUAACAGGAACCUGAGGGGGGCCUCGAUCCCCAACUGCAAGCAUCGCCGUGCUGCUUACAUUUUCCCUGCUAAAGGUUUAGUAUGGAAGUGGUCCUGGGAUCAGCAGCAAAAUAAAUCAUCUGCCAUCAGAUUCUUUUUUUCCCCCCGUUUCACACUUUAAGCGUAACAACAAUAUCUUCAUAACUACAUAUAUAAAACGAAACAAUGCAUAAAAAUGUUGAAAACU